GGUGACGGGCGAGGCUGUGCGGGCGGCGAGAGGGUUCGGUCAUGGCCAGCGUGCACGAGAGCCUUUACUUCAACCCUAUGAUGACCAACGGCGUGGUGCACGCCAACGUCUUCGGCAUCAAGGACUGGGUCACCCCCUACAAGAUGGCGCUGCUGGUGCUGCUCAGCGAGCUGGGCCGGGCGGGCGCGCAGCUCGGCCUGCUGGAGCGGCGGCGCCUCAACCGCCUGCUGCUGCCGCUGCUGCAGGGUCCUGACAUGUCGCUGUCCCGGCUGCGCAAAGCUAUCGAAGAGUCAUGCCCCAACCUGGCCAGCUCUGUGCACAUCAGGAUAAAACUAAUGGCAGAAGGAGAAUUGAAAGAUAUGGAACAAUUUUUUGACGAUCUGUCAGAUUCAUUUACUGGGACCGAACCAGAAGUUCACAAAACAAGUGUCGUGGGUCUGUUUCUGCGCCACAUGAUCUUGGCAUACAACAAGCUUUCAUUCAGUCAGGUCUAUAAACUUUAUACUGCACUUCAGCAGUAUUUUCAGAAUGAUGAGAAAAAAACUGGAAUUGAUGAGACUGAUAUGGAGCUCACAAAUACUGAAGAACUGGAAGGGAAAAUGGAAAAAGAAGAACUUGAUGUACCUCUAAGGGAAGAAGAGAUAUCUUGUGGUGGUCCUCUUUCUCAGAAGCAAGCAGAAUAUUUUCUUUCACAGCAGGCUUCGUUAUUAAAGAACGAUGAGACAAAGGCUCUUACUCCAGCAGCAUUGCAAAAAGAGCUCAAUAAUUUGUUAAAAUUCAAUCCAGACUUUGCUGAAGCACAUUAUUUAAGCUACUUAAAUAGUCUAAGAGUUCAAGAUGUCUUCAGUUCAACACACAGCCUCCUUCAUUAUUUUGACCGUUUGAUUCUCACUGGAGCAGAAAGCAAAAGCAAUGGCGAUGAAGGCUAUGGCCGAAGUUUGAGAUAUGCUGCUCUUAAUCUAGCUGCACUGCAUUGUCGGUUUGGCCACUAUCAACAGGCUGAGCUUGCCCUUCAGGAAGCCAUCAGAAUUGCACAGGAGUCCAAUGAUCAUGUUUGCUUGCAGCAUUGUUUGAGUUGGCUAUACAUCUUGGAGCAGCAGAGUUCAGAUAGCUGUGUUCUGUUAGAACACUCUGUGAAAAAAGCUGUUCACUUUGGAUUGCCUUACCUAGCUUCCCUGGGAAUACAAUCCUUGGUCCAGCAAAGAGCUUUUGCAGGGAAGACCUCCAACAAGCUAAUGGAUGCCUUAAAGGACUCUGAUCUGUUGCAUUGGAAACACAGCCUGUCGGAGCUUAUUGACAUUAGUAUAGCACAGAAAACUGCCAUUUGGAGAUUAUAUGGUCGCAGCACCAUGGCUCUUCAACAAGCCCAGACGCUGCUGAGCAUGAACAGUUUGGAAUCUGUAAAUGUGGGUGUCCAGCAGAAUAAUACGGAAUCCUUUGCUGUAGUGUUGUGUCACCUGGCUGAGCUACAUGCAGAGCAGGGCUACUUUGCAGCUGCUUCUGAAAUAUUGAAACACUUGAAGGAAAGAUUUCCUCCCAAUAGUCAGCAUUCACAGCUGUGGAUGCUGUUUGAUCAGAAAAUACAAUUUGAUAGAGCCAUGAAUGAUGGCAGAUACCAUAUUGCUGAUUCUCUUGUGGCAGGAAUUACAGCACUUAAUAGCAUUGAAGGAGUGUACAGAAAGGCCAUUGUAUUGAAAGCCCAAAACCAGAUGUCGGAGGCACACAAACUCUUACAGAAACUGUUGAUGCACUGCCAGAAGAUAAAGAAUACUGAGAUGGUGAUCAGCGUACUUCUGUCAACAGCAGAACUCUAUUGGAGAUCUUCAUGUCAUACAAUUGCGCUCCCUGUCCUGCUCCAGGCUCUUGCUCUUUCUCGAGAAUACAGUCUACAGUAUUUGGCCUCUGAAACUGUCCUGAACUUGGCUUUCUCUCAGUUGAUUCUUGGUAUUCCUGAACAAGCUCUGAAUAUUCUGCAUAUGGCAAUAGAGCCAAUUUUGGCUCAUGGGACAGUACUGGACAAAGGCUGUGCCAUGUUCUUGGUGGCCAAAUGUCAGGUUGCUUCUGCAACUUCCUAUGCUCCCCAGAAGAAGGCAGAAGCUCUGGAAUCAGCUAUCCUGAAUCUAAAUGAAGCCAAGGUUUAUUUUGUGAAAGUGGACUGCAGAGAACAGCUCAGAGAUGUUCUUUAUUUUCAGGCCAGACUCUUUCACACCUUGGGCAGGAUGCAAGAAAGAAACAAAUGUGCUAUGCUCUUCCGUCAGCUGCACCAGGAACUGCCUGCUCAUGGGGUCCCAUUAAUAAAUGCUUUUAAGUGAGGCAUUUAAAGCUGAGUUUUGUUGUGUUGUUCCUGACUGUUUUUUCCUCCCUUUUUCAAGCAUUUUUAUUAUGUUCAUUCAUUGCGGUUUUGGAAAUAAUUGCCAAUAAACUGUUCUUCUGCUUAACAA